ACGGUCUUGCUCGUGAACUCGCUGAAGCACUACCCACUUCAUGGCGCGCUGCAGUCACAAGGGCUGUGGUCAGGAGUUUGACCCAAAGACUAACACCGAGAAAAGCUGCACGUAUCAUGCUGGUGGUCCGGUCUUCCACGAAGGUUUGAAGUCAUGGUCCUGCUGCUCUGAUGUGAACAAGCCCGUAUUGGAUUUUGACGAGUUUAUGAGCAUUCCAGGAUGUACAAUCGGAAAGCACGACGAAGCGCCUGCCAAACCACCGUCGCCACCGCCAAAGCCUGCCCAGAAUCCUGCAAGUUUGAGCGUGACGACGUCCAAUGAUGGCACAGAGGUCUAUGCAUCAGGCCCAGCUGCUCCCAGCGCGCCUGAGCCACUUGGAACUACGUCAGUAUUCUCGACGCCACCUGCACCGGUCCAUGUCGAAGAAGAGGACGAUCUAGGUGCUCAAGUGAAGCCUGGGACGAAGUGCCGCCACAAUGGCUGCUCCGUUCUGUUCGUGAGCGACGAAGUAAACCGCAAGGAAGGCGGUGAAGCCAGUGAAUGCACUUAUCAUCCCUUGCCUCCCAUUUUUAGGGAGGGGAGUAAAGGAUAUCUAUGUUGCAAGCGUAGGGUACUCGAGUUCGAUGAGUUCCUCAAAAUCGAAGGGUGCAAGAAAGGCCGUCAUGUAUUCGUGGCGAAAGCUAAACCGCAAGAAGGCGAGCAAUUCACCGAAUGCCGCAUCGACCAUUUUCAGACUCCGUCGGAAGUGCACGUUUCUGUGUACGGCAAGCAGGCGGAUAAGGACCGGAGCAAGAUCGAGUUUGAGGAGACAAAGCUUCAUAUCGAUAUAUUCCUGCCUGGUCCAAAGCGAUUCCGAAAGUCUAUAGAGCUUUUCGGCCCAAUUGAUCCAGAUAACUCUAGUUACAAGUUUUUCGGGACCAAGGUGGAUAUCCUGCUUAAGAAGCAAGACACACGGAGUUGGACCAUCCUUGAGAAGCCCCAAAGGGAUCUUGGCCCCGUCAGUCUCACAUUCGGUGUGGGCGGCAGGACUGGCACAAUCGGCGGGAAAGAUAUUAUUCUAGACGAGUCUAAUAAGAGUAAAAGUAAGGUGACUGUAUGAUAGUUAUGGACUUCGUCCGACCUGGUGCAGACUGGAGUCUGGCUAGUUUCGAUGCAAUGAAUAAUUUGUAUUGGCCCACUACCCCACCGCCCGCUUAAAGUUCACCAGGUCUCUCAACUUCUUGGAUGACUUGGAUAAUAUCGUCACGUUGCACAUCACCAAAACCUUGCAAGCCCAUACCACAUUCCGACCCUUUCCGAACCUCGGUGACAUCCCUCUGCAGUACACGCAGAGUUUCCAAGGGCGCUUCAGAGAUGAUUUUGCCAUUCCUAAUAAUCCUAGCCUUUUUGCCCUUUUCGAUUACGCCGUCCGUGACUCGGCACCCAGCAACCUUCUGGACAUGCUUUGAUUUGACUUGUAUGUCGAAGAUUUGUAAAACGGUAGCCUCUCCUGUCACCUUGGCUUCGAUGGUCGCUGGUAAGAGAGCAACCAGACGUUCUUUGAUAUCAUCCACUAGUCGGUAGAUGAUAGUUGUGGAGUAUAUCGGGACUUGGUUCUGCGUAGCAAUGGCCUGGAUCGGCCUGGGGAUAUUGACAGAAAAGGCCACGACCAUUCCUUCAACUGCCUUAGCCCUCAUAACAUCGGAUUCGGUGACAUCUCCAACGCCGGUACAUACUACCUUAACCGCAGCUUUGUCGUUGCCAAUCCCAGAUAUCGCACCCACCACGGCCUCCACACUCCCACUGACAUCCGCCUUAAUAACCAACCUUAACUCUUUAGGACCCUGUUUGUCAUUCUGGACUGUCGGGUCCAGGCCUUGCUCCUCCAGCCCUCUUUCCUCCCUCUCGUGUCUCCGGUGUUCAUUGAUGACUUCCAGGUCCACUAAGGAAGACUCUAUCUCCGCUUUCCUAAUCCUAUUCGCCACAGCCUUUUUGACAUCAUCUUCAGAUCCUGACAAUACGUCGUCCCCGGCGUUUGGAAGUUCCUUCC